AUGGGCCCAGCAAUGCCUUGAUGGAGCAUGGGCCAGGUUUUAGGAUUCUCCCACUGCCAGGAAUAUGGCUCUGUUGCCUCCACUCCAGACUCAACACCUCCCUGUACAGAUGGUGGAAAUGAGGAAUCAGAGCUGUAUGAGCUGCAGACAGCCAGGGAGUGGUCCGAGGAUGAGGAGGGAGAUCAAGAGGAUGACGAAGGACUGGCUUCUUCAUCCAUAUGGGGCACGCCCCGUCAGCACUCCCUUGAGCUGACGUUCUCCUACAUUGCCAUUGCUGAGGCCGAGGCAGUGGGAGCUUCACGUCACCACCGGGACCGACGCAGGGGCUGCUCUCGCAGCAGUCGCACCCCUUUGAGUCGUACGGACACCCUGGAAACGCUCUUGGACUCCCCCGAUGUGGAAUGGGACCCCCCUGCCUUCCUCAGUCCAGAGGAAGACACAGAAGUCUCAGAGAGGAGAGAGCGAGAGAGGGUGGAGGAGAGGACAUCCAGAGAGGAGGGAAGGAGGGAGGUGGAGCAACACAGACAAACUGAGACCAGUACAGUCCAGCCCUGUCUCCAGGACCCUGCACUAGAGCUUCAGGCAGGAGACGUGGAGAUCCAAAGAGGGGAGCUGGACACCUCCGGGCCCCAGACUCCCCAGCCUCCUUCUCCAUCCCUGUCUCCCCACCACCAGGACUCCACGGUGACAGAAAGAGCCUUAGCAUCACAGACAUCCGCCCCUGAGCCAGAGUCUCCGGUUACCAUGGAAACCAUCUCAGUCAAGUUGCUUACAUCUGUGAAGCCAAGAGGCGGGCUCAAAGGAGAAACGUCACCUGCUUCCACCGCUGCCAUUGGUCUGAAUACUCAGGAACAGAUAGUCAGCGAGCACUGGUUUUCAGCACUCAACUUAUCAGAGGACCCAACAGUAUGCACCCACAUAGCAGUGAUGGACCUGAUCUAUUGGAAGGACACAGAGCGAACGGGCAUGGUGCUGACCGGGCUGGUGGUGGUCCUGCUCUCCCUGUUCCAGCUCAGCAUCAUCACUGUUGUCUGCAACCUCUCCCUGGCUGCUGUGUGCUUCACCAUCUCCGUACGCAUCUACUACAAAGUCCUCCACAUACUCAACUGGGCCGAUGGAGAGCACCCCUUCAAGACCUACCUGGACAUGGAUAUCAGUCUGAGUGGCGAGCAGGCCGACUACUACAUGCAGAAAAUCAUUAUUAUGUUUAUUUCUGCCAUUGAUACCCUGAAGAGACUCAUCUUUGUUAAAAAAAUCUUCGACUCUCUCAAGUUCCUGGCCUUGGUGUACCUAGUGACAUUCUUCGGAGAGCUCUUCAAUGGCCUUACCCUGAUCAUCAUUAGCGUUAUUGCUGUCUUCUCUUUGCCACUUUUCUACAGACAACGCCAGGAACAGGUGGACGGAAUCUUUGGGGGAAUCCAGGCCCACAUUGACAACAUCAAGGACAUCCUGCAGAGACUGGUCCAUGGUUUUGGCUCUGCUCAUGACCCAACCCCUGGUGGUGCAAAGCUUGACGACACCCAGUAAACCAUCCUGAAUAAGAACGAAACAGGGGAUGGAAAGAGCAGAGGACAAUACCAGAGUCAAAGGCUGUCACUCAGAUGUCUUACCCAGCAGCCUGUGCUUAGAGUUCAGCAGGACAGAGCUCCUGGGACUGGGACUAGGGAGGGGAGGGAAGGUUACUUAUAGGGUUUAUAAUGGGUUUUAAGCAUGGUACUACUUAAUGCGGUAACUGUAUGUACUAUGGGGGAUUGGAGGCUGGGGAUGGGUUGGGCCAUGGGUUUGGUCAUUUAAGACCAGGAAAUCAAGGUGUAUGAAUCCUAGAUGAGAGUCAUGCUACAUGUGUCAGAGAUGCUCUGAUGAAAGUUUAAAUUACAUAGCUAGUCCUGUCUGGACCAGUGUGGAUUUGAUUAUAUUCCAAAUAUAUGAAAGACAGAUUUAAGGAGUUGCCUGAGUGAAUGGCAUCCGCUAAAUGUGGUGGUAAAACCAGGAAUGAAAACCUCUUACGGACAAAAAAAAAAAAAUGUUUUGGGUUCCAGCAGGGUAGCUGAAAAAGGGAAGCAAGAGUCUUAUAAGAAUAAUCUCCAAUUUUCUUGGGAGCGAUAGAGGGUUGAGCCGGAGCAGGUCGCCAUUCAACAUGCAAAGGGCUCAUGCUCGUAUAUAGUAAGGACACAAAGGUUAGAAGUGAAUCAGCUAGGGGUUAUCACAAUCCACGGCAGCAUUAAACUCCAAUCAGAAUGCAUGUGUCUAUGUGAUAGCACAUGUCCAUCUCCGAAUGCACGUCCAUUUUCAUAACUCUUUACUUUUGUGAUUGUUUGUCAGACUGAGAGAGAGAGAGAGAGUGUGUGUGUGUGUGUGUGUGUGUGUGUGUGUGUGUGUGUGUGUGUGUGUGUGUGUGUGUGCGUGCGUGCGUGCGUGUGUGCGAGUGAGCGAGCAUUUGUUUCUGUGUGUGAGAGAUUGUGCUUGUGUAUGUGAGAUUUCUGACAUACAGCUUGUUGGAUUGAAACUGUUACCUAGUAUAUGCUAUUAAAGUCACACCUGUUCUUUAGUUUCCAAAA